UGACUCAUCGAUUGUAUUGGGUAAGCGCGUUUAACCGCGGUGGGACGCAGUGGCACAACGCGGCAACGCCGCGCCACCCAGCCGACGUUUUCCACGUUUCCAAAACGGAGAAAAACGCGUCGCCGGGUGAAAUAAGGUCGGCAUGGCGUCGUGAUGUGUUUCAACGUUGCGGGUCGAGAGUGUUGCUUUAAUGCGCGCACAAAAAACAAAAUUUACGGCCUAAAGCUCGGUACUCGUGCGGGCUGAUAGCUACAUAUAACAAUAUAGAGCGACCACAGGGAGGUUAAUAAUCGACCAUGGAUCGGACCAACGACCCCCCGCACGUUUCCCCAGACUCCAUGCGCUGAAAUUGACCCGUAUCGCCGCCGCCGCCACCACCAUUCAAUCCCUACGUUACUUGGGGCGGUUCGUCGGCCAGGCCGGCGUCACGCUAACCGGUAACAUCAACCACCGGCCAGAGUACAACCUCCUCAUAGUCGACUACGACCCGUUUGUGAUGGACGGUACGGCGGGCGCGACCUCUGUCGGCGCCGAGGUCGACGACGACGCCACCUGGAACUGCAGCGUCCACCCCAGCGUGUUUUUCCUGCUAGGGACUUUGGUUUUGACAACUUGCGCGACCGGCAUGCUUUGCGCGGCCAUCAUGACGGACCAUUGGGAAGAGGUGACGUGGGACGUGGAGCGUCUCGACGCCUUUGCCAACGGCACUGUUCGGUUGCAGUGGUUGCUCGAUAAGAAGGUGGUCAAGGUGACCACGAACGACGCCCAAGAGAGAACGGUGGCGUUUUUCGUGCCGAUGCACGGCGGAAUAUGGACGCUUUGUCUUAGCAUAAGCGAGGAAGAAAUAGUCCUGUUAAACAGGGUCGGAUUCCCACCGGUUCAACCGUGCGUCAACUAUUUAGCCGGGGGGCCAUAUACGAUCCGAGGGUUCGAGUCCCGGACCGAUUGGCAACACAGGAUGCAAAACCUAUCCAUCUCUUGCGCCCUAGUCUGCCUGAUAAUCCUUGGUAGCGCUGCCCUCGUAGGCGCUUUCGGCGUGUUCCAACAUCAGAUCAGUGCCGUCCUAGUGACCGGCGUCAUGUAUUUGCUGGCAGCUUCUUUCGCUCUGUUCACCCUCACCAUUAUUCACUUCAAGCGGCUCCACAUCAAACCCAAAUCGGAGGAACAUUCUGGGACCAUAGACGGGGUCAUACUCGCCUACUCGGCUCGGAUGGCGGAGAGGAAAAUCGUCGAAUUAUUACCCGCGCGUAUUUUCACCACUUCAUGGUCACUGGACUUGGGGUGGGGCGGGGUUAUGUUGUGCGUCAUGACAUCCGUACUCUGGAUACUCUUGAGCAAAAUUAUGAGGUUCAAUCCGAUAUCGAGCAUGAUUAACUGACACAGAUGGGUCUGAGUUUUAGUUUUGCAGCCACCCUAAACUGACAGAACGAUGGUUGAUAUUGAUUGCACCGCAAACCUCUGGAAGGGUGUUCUGUGGUUUUCGCGUUUUUUCCUUUAACAAAAACGUCUUCCUUCACCUCUGGUGUGGGUAGCCUCAUCAAAUUUCUUCCGCAGUCUUUUUAAAAAAUAUUUAAAAAAAGAAACAAACUCGUAUAUUUUUUUAUUGUUAUAUCAGAACCGCGCGGAAUCGCAUGCCGCGGACUUAUUUCAAAAUUAUAUUCGUGCCUUUAAGAACGCAAUACUUAUUUACACGCAUCAAAAUAUCUUGACAAGGGCUGAUCGAUUUCUCCACCUGCAUCGGUGACAAUCGCUUAGUGUUACGCGCCCGCGCGACUAAAAAAACCCUUUAUUCUCAACGGCUAUCGCUUAGUCAAUAUAAUUUACAAGUGACCUUAAACGUUUUAAUUUAACAAUUAGCUAUCGAUAUGACAUAUUUUCAAAGAGCAUAUUUUAACAAUAUAUUUAGAUAAUCGACGGUGUGUGGAUACAAGGUAAAGACAAAAAAAAAACGUUUUUGAUGCCGUAUUUCACAAGCGUAUUCGCAAUUACUUUCCUUAAGUUUUUCAAUUGAUAUAGGAUAAUAUUUAAAAAAGGUAUUAAAUUAAACAAUCAUAACCGAAUUUGUCAGUUAAAAAUGUGUAAUUUUAAGAAAUGAAAUAACCGUUUUAAUUAGGGAGGCAUUAAAGUUAAAAGAAGAUCAGUAGUUUUGGUUAGUUUUGCCUUAACCUCAAAUAUUGUUGUCCUUCGCUGCGAUUAGAUUCCAAUCACAUUUAUCAAAUACCGAAACAAACUUAUGAAAAUUAACUUUCAGAACCGUCCUUACCUCCCGUGCUUAGUGAAAUAUCCAGGCCUAUGACGGAACCCGUUAAUAAUAAUAUUUUUGACCAAUUUUGUGGAAUUUCCAUUGAACUACACUGUUUCAUCAUAGGUCUCGUAAAAAAAAUGUAAAUAAGGCUUGAACAGAAUAUUUACGUAAAAAUACCUUUUAGUUGACAUCUAGGUAAUGCAAAAAGAGGGAACAGGAGCUUUGUGCAAGUAAACAACAUGCCUUGAAAAUAAAUACGCGGUCUAAAAUUUAAAUUAGUCUAAUGUUAAAAAUGUAACUCCCUAACAAUUCGAUGUUAUGUGAAAAUUUAAUUUAUAUAGCAAAUAAAAAAAACCGUUACCCUGGCU